AUGCACAUUUACGCUGUCGGAGCCUCGCGCAACAUUGGCUACUAUGCCGCCCUUCGAUUCCUCGCAAAGGGAGAUACCGUGACGAUUGUCGUCCGUAAUCCAGCAAAUCUCGAACAAGACCCUGCACUCAAGGAUCACGUCGCUAGCGGCAAGGCUCGCCUCUUCAAAGCGGAUGCUACCUCGUCAGAGGACAUGCAAGCAGCAUGGGAAGGUGCCAACCAAGUCGCUCCCGUGGAUGUAGUUCUCUUCACCGUCGGCGCAACCACUGCAACACUCUCCCUGACCAAAGGAUUCAUUGUGCAUCCACAUGAUCUCUGCACUCGUGCCCUUUUUACCGUCGUCAGGACGAUCCAAUCAAGGCAGCCAAAUCAACCCAUUCCCAAGCUCGUUGCCCUCUCCUCGACAGGCCUCACUCCAGCCACAAAGCGUGUUCUCCCCCUAUUGCUUCGACCACUCUACGGCUGGGCUUUGCACGCCGCACACGACGACAAGCGUGGCAUGGAGUCGAUCAUCUUCAACGGCUUGGGUCAACAGUACGAGGCUGGUCAAACACCCGGAGACCAUAUCAUGCCAGCAAACUGGGAACAGGAACUACGCGCACAAGCUCCGUCUGAUGGUCUCUGGGGACCAAGGAGCGUGAUCAUCCGGGCUGCUUUCCUCACCGACGGUGAAGGAAGCGGACGAUAUCGUGCAGAGAAGGGAGACUUUUCUACCUAUACGGUGGCUCGACGAGACGUCGCACACUUUAUUGUAGAGAAACUCGUCCCUGAUUGGGAAAAGUACGAAGGAGGCGUUGUGACCGUGGGUAACUAG